GCAUUAAAAGACAAUUCAUGAACAAUCUAUUAAAUAGAAUGACAAUUUACACAAGUUGAUUGUACAUUUGUUUUGUACAGGUAUUUAAAUUUAAGCAUAUAUUUUAUAAAUUAAAGUCACUGUGUGCUUAAUGGCAAAAGGGUAUUGAACAUUGAAGAGGAAAAAAAAAUGCAAACAGUCAUUUCACAGCCUGUGAUGUCAAUGUCUUCCACAUACUAUGUUCACAUUGUCCAUUAUAAAGUUGAUACUUUCAGCUUUGAGAGGAUCAGGAGAGCCGUUGAACAUUAUGGUUGGUGUGGGACCUUUGGGUUCCUGUAAAACAAAAAUUUCACCUUUUAAGUGCUUUUUAACAAUUAACAGAAGCCAACAAAUAGACUUAAAAUUACCCCAUAUUAACACAAAUAAAGUAUGACAACUAGGCAAGCGACACUCAAGAACCAACAAGACUCAUAAUAAUUGAUGUGGAGCUGUAUGCUAUUUAAGGGUAAACAGAGUAAUAUUUUUAUAUUUGCAUUGAAUGUUACUUUAAAGUGCACCUAUUAUGCCCCUAAAUGAGCACCUUACCGUAUAAAUAGGUCUCCUAUAGUAAAUAUUUUUGAUAAAAACAAUUAAUUAAUGCAAUAUUAUUUUUAUAAACUGCCUACAUACCUCACCAAUUUUGCCCUCUUUCUGAAACGGUCGGAUUCAGUUCCUGUCUCCGCCUCCAAAAAUGUCUAGUUUACUUUGAUUGGUCAGAUGGCCUACUCAACUGUUAUUGGUCAACUGGGUUCGGCGUAUGUUCGAAAGGAUACGCCCCUGACUUCGCGUGUGUUUCCCGGUCCUAAAGAGAGCAGGAACGUACGUAAACAGCUACAUGCAGAUUGCAGAAACAAUGGCGAUUGUACUGCCUUACCAGUUCGAGCCCGAGUCCGAUCCAGAGAGUUCAGACGAGCAGACGGCCGUUACAGCAACACCUCCGCAAGCAAGACUUUUGCAGAACGUUUCUCAAUGGUGUUUGUGUGGCAACUGUGCCAGAAUGCCAAACGAGGCUGAAAACUUGUGUUGCAAAGAGAUUCCAAAGGUUGUAAGGAGAAUGCAACAGGUUCCAGGACCUCCUUCCUGCAUGAUUCAUCAUCCAGGUUUUGAACCAAACUGUCUUAAUCCCUACACACUGCAGAACAUCCACAACAUUUAUAGUACCGACUAUGGGCCUUUGAGGCGCAGAACACUAGAGGAAGGUUACAGAUACACAGCGUAUCGAAGCUUUGUCAGCUGGUGUUGGGGCUAUCUAGGACGACACAAUAGGGUUGUCAUCCCAUCGUGUGUUGUUCUCAGGAUCCGCUUGGAGUUUCCCGAUCAGGCUGGUCGGUAUGUCUGCUUCCGACCACCCCUACACUGAAGCGCGUGAGAUGGCGUUCAAUCAUGUCCUCCUUAGAAGGCCUCUCGAAUUGUGAUGCCAGGUCCAAUGGAAUCGGGAUUUCCUUCAGCUUUUCAACAAAUGGAGCUGGGUCCUCAAGCACCUCGUCAAACACAAGCCUGAUCAGGUCAUCCACAUAAACUGUAAAGAUAUGACAGUAAAUCUUUUGGGUUUGAUCAUUUAUUUUAC